CUCCGCACGCUGCCCGGCCGGCUGCAGGAUCCCGAGCCCGCAGGCAGGGAACGCAGCCGCCCGGCCAGCCCCAGAUCCCGCCCCCCGCAGCAGCUUUACAGGCACUGGUCCGCUGGUCGAAUUAACGUCCCGGCGGUAGGCGGCAGGGGAGCGCGGGGGCUGGAGCCGGCUCGGGAGCCGCUGCUGCAGCGGGGAGCCGGUCCGCUCUGCUGGAGCCAGGGGAACCGGAUCAGGUGGCUGGAGUCGGCGUGGGAGCGGCCGCUGCGCAAAGGAGCCGGCUCGGGUGACAGCAGAGAGCUCGGCAUGACUCUCAAGUCGAGCCGCGGCGACAGCGUGAGCAGCAUGCGGACGGCGCUCUCCGACCUGUACCUGGAGCACCUGCUGCAGAGCCGGCCCAAGCCCGAGGCUGUCGUAUAUCCAUCAAACGCUGUGACUGAGGACAUCUACGCCAAUGGCUCAGCCAUGUUGGGCAGCCCAGCUCACAUGGACAGCCGGGAAGUGCGCAAGAUCCGGCUGAUCCAGUUCGAGAAGGUCACCGAGGAACCCAUGGGAAUCACACUGAAGUUGAAUGAGAAGCAGAGCUGCAUGGUGGCCAGGAUUCUCCAUGGAGGCAUGGUACAUAGACAAGGCUCCCUUCAUGUGGGUGAUGAGAUCGUAGAAAUCAAUGGGCAAAGUGUGAGCAACCACUCGGUCGACCAGCUGCAGAAGAUGCUGAGAGAAGCCAAGGGGACGGUCUCAAUAAAAGUCAUCCCCAAUCAGCAAAGCCGCCUCCCAGCACUACAGAUGUUCAUGAGGGCCCAGUUUGACUACGAUCCCAAGAUGGACAGCCUGAUCCCCUGCAGGGAGGCGGGUCUGAAGUUCAAGACCGGGGACAUUAUCCAAAUCAUCAACAAAGAUGACAGCAACUGGUGGCAGGGCCGGGUAGAAGGGUCCUCCACAGAGUCAGCAGGGCUGAUCCCCUCCCCUGAACUGCAAGAAUGGCGUGUGGCUAGUACAACCCAGUGCAGUCAGAGCGAAGCCCAGAGCUGCAGCCCCUUCGGGAAAAAGAAGAAGUGCAAAGACAAAUACCUGGCCAAGCACAGCUCAAUUUUCGACCAGUUGGAUGUGAUUUCAUAUGAGGAGGUGGUGAGGCUGCCAGCCUUCAAGAGGAAGACCCUGGUGCUGAUAGGUGCAAGCGGGGUAGGUCGUAGCCACAUUAAGAAUGCCCUGCUCAGCAAGAACCCAGAGAAGUUUGGGUAUCCGGCUCCAUACACCACACGCCCCCAGAAGAAGAACGAGGCGGAUGGGAAGGACUAUCACUUCAUCUCCACUGAGGAAAUGACCAGGGGCAUCUCCGCCAAUGAGUUCCUGGAAUUCGGGAGCUACCAGGGAAACAUAUUUGGCACCAAGUUUGAAACAGUGCAUCAGAUCCACCAGCAGGAUAAAGUCGCCAUCCUGGACAUUGAGCCCCAGACUCUGAAGAUUGUUCGCACUGCUGAGCUGUCCCCAUUCAUUGUUUUCAUCGCACCAACAGACCAGGCCAAUCAGUCAGAGGCCUUGCAGCAACUACGGAAGGAUUCGGAGAGCAUUUGCAACUGCUACGCACACUACUUUGACCUGUCAAUAGUCAACAACGGUGUGGAUGAGAGCCUCAAGGUGCUACAAGAAGCUUUUGAGCAGGCCUGCAACUCACCCCAGUGGGUGCCUGUCUCCUGGGUCUACUGAGCAGCUGUCCAACCCUGGCAGCUUCCUGCUACUCCCAUCCUGCAGAAUGAGAUGGUGGGAAACCUCUGAUCUACAUAGCUCAACACCCAGCCCCGCUUCUCUUAACAUUCUAUGGCCACAGUCUCACUUGGUCUAUUAUGCCCAGGGUAAGAGUACAGGGAUCUCCAAGCUCAGGCCACAAGCUACCAGUCCUUGUGCAUCAGCAUUACUGUAGGGUGGAGCCUCCAGCCUGGGGUGUUGUUUAGGGGAGAAAUUCUAUUUUAUCUUAGGGUCUGGUACCUUAGUGCUACACAGCUGAGGCCAUAUAGUACCCCUCCACUCAGCAACACUCCUACUGAUCAUUCAGGGAAGCUUUCCUAGUGGACUGAGGGGGAAAAGAGGGGCCUGCUCUAGUAACUAACCAUGAGUAGUAGCUACUUUAUACUGUGCUUCACUCUUGAGGAAGAGGGGAUGGAUGCACUUCUAACACCAGCUCUGAAUCUUUUUUGGCCAUUUGCACAGUUACCUGAUGCAGCUGGGCAGAAUGCACCCGUUAAAAAUCCUGGCCCUACCAGCACUAGUCUUCAGAGUCAGCAUACACAGGAGAUGAAGGCAGCAAAGAAUCCUGUGGCAUCUUUGCUGCUUUUAAAGAUCCAGACUAACACCACUACCCCUCUGAUACAUGAGAGGAAGGGACAGUUCAAAUCCCACAGAGCUAUUUUUUCAGGCUAAGCUAGUGCUACCACAGCUUGUAGUCCAAGGGUUUUCUUCACAAUCAGAAGGGCUAGUUCUUUUUAACUGUGAGCUUGAGUUAGUCACCCCAGGGGCUGGUCUUCCAUGCUGGAUGUGUGGAGUUCUUGACUCAGCCUGUGCAGUUGUGACUUACCACCUCUGACCCUAGUCAGACACCAAUAAUUAAAAUAACACCCUGGAAUCAGUAAAUUGGAUUGGCUGGACCCAGUUAUCUACCCAUUGCAUUACGUAGCAACAACAUGGCCCACUUGGAGCAGCAGUUCUUCAAACUAUAAUCAAUGUCAGGCUCAAAAGACCGGUUUGUGCGCUUUACUGUCAGGGAGGGUAGCAGGAAAGGGGAUUAACAUGUCUGGAAUCUGCAAUUUAAGGAUGCCAAAAAAAACCUGAUUAUGUGCAAUAGGGACCUUUAUUCUAGUCCACAGCAGGGCAAUACCCUGUAGCAAUAAAAGUAUGUUGAAGCA